GUAGUGGCCAUGGAAGCAGCACUUUGCUCCCUCAUACCAUCAUGAAUGAAUUUCCAGAGUACAGCGCUGUAGAGCCGAGUGGAGAUGCGCUGAGAGCUUCAUUGCCACACCAGGCAGAGCCUGUGGCACGCAGUCCAGAACGAAGGGAUGGCCACCACCAGGUGCCUGGCAGGCCCUUUCCUCAGUGUGUGGCUCCUGCAGACAGUUUGAGACCUGACGGUGGGGCAGCACAGCUGCACGCCCUAGAAAAAGGUUUACAACCUGCAGGUAACCUGCCAGAGAUUACGAAACUCUCUCAAUAUCUGGAAGCAACAAAGGUGCAAGAGAGAGCAAAUACCUCUCUUGAUUCAGAGACACAAAUGGAAAAAAAGAGCGUUACUGGGAGCCAAAAUGUGCAGGCAGCCAGAGAACCAGUUCCAGCAGGCCAAGAAAAACCCUCAGACAUGCCUCUUCCAUCUGAACAAACUGCUGAGGAAAAAAUGCAUUUGAUCAUAGAGAAAGAUCUGACUGCAAUAUGGACUGGAGAAAAGCAGUCUGAGUCCUUGCAAGCUAUCAGUAAUAAAGCUGAGGAGGUCCACGCAGCGCAGGAGACAAGCUGUCAUAGACCAUCUGUGACAAACCUGGAAGCAGCCAGCAGAGUGGAGGGGUGGGCGCAUUUUGAGGAUUUUUCAGCAUACAGUCAAGGCAAAAUGCAAAUGGGUCCUGAAAGGAGGCUCUCUAAAGAGGCAGCUGUGAGUAAACAUGUAGAAUUUCAAGGGGUGGAGAUUUUAUGGCUGCAAACAGCUGAGGAGCAGAGAAGAAAGAAGCACUCACUGCUGGAGACUGUGUCCGUGGAGAGGAAGGCAUUCCCCAAAACAUCCAGCCACCCUGCGCCACUGAUGGUAUCCCCAGGCUUGGUCUCCUCACCAGACAGCGCUUGGAGCGAGGUCUGUGAGAACCCAAGUCUGGGACCUACUGCCUCUGGAGCCGCUCCUCUGGCACUGCUUGAUGAAAGCGGGGAGGAUGAAGUUUUUGUGAAGGAUAAGAAGAACCGUGGUGAGGAGGAGAUGGCUGUGCUAGUGAGAGGCCAGGGCAGGAUGAUGGAGGAGGGGGAAGCUGCCACGGGAGGAUAUGAUGUCCUUGAGCAGAGGCACUCCGACGUCUCCACUGAUCUGUACAGCUCACAGUUUGAAAACAUCCUAGACAAUGCAUCUUUAUACUACAGCGCGGAGUCGCUGGAGACAUUGUACUCGGAGCCUGAGAGCUACUUCAGCUUUGAGAUGCCACUCACUCCCAUGAUCCAGCAGCGCAUGAAGGAGGGCGGCCAGUUUUUAGAUCGGACAUCAGCUGCAAGGCAGCCAGAUGUCCUGCAGCUUCCCCCUGAUGGGGAGGUGAAGGGCUGCGGUGAAGGCAUUGACAAUGGCAUAAGGGAUGUGAGCGAAACACUCUUCAGAGGAGAUGUCACGGAAGUCCUUCAUUUGGAAAGCAAUGCUGAACUGCAGAAUGUGGUGGUAGACUCUGGUGCUGCCAUGGGGAGCAAUGAACUUCAGGAGAAAGAUGCCACCAGAGCCCUUGGCCAUGAUCUCAGCAAUGGCAGCAGUAGCAAUUUGGAAGCAGCCAGGCGCCUGGCUAAGCGCCUCUACCGUCUGGACAGGUUCAAACGCUCUGAUGUGGCAAAGCAUUUGGGUAAAAACAAUGAAUUCAGCAAGCUUGUGGCCGAAGAAUACCUUAAGUUUUUUGACUUCACAGGCAUGACGCUGGACCACUCACUCAGGAGUUUCUUUAAAGCCUUUUCACUUAUCGGAGAAACUCAGGAACGAGAGAGAGUUUUAAUCCACUUCUCCAGCAGAUACUACCAGUGCAAUCCAAACACCAUUUCUUCCCAAGAUGGAGUUCACUGUCUCACGUGUGCCAUGAUGCUGCUGAACACAGACCUACAUGGCCAUAACAUUGGGAAAAAGAUGACCUGCCAAGAGUUCAUUGCUAACCUCCAAGGGAUGAAUGAUGGCAAAGACUUCCCGAAAGGGCUGUUGAAGGCACUCUACAAUUCAAUCAAGAAUGAGAAGCUGGAAUGGGCAGUAGAUGAAGAAGAGAAAAAAAAGUCUCACUCGGAUGGUACAGAUGAAAAGGAUAAUGGGAGCCAGACGAAGGCUGUUAGUCGAAUUGGAAACUCAAAUAACCCAUUCCUGGACAUCCCUCAUGACCCCAAUGCUGCUGUUUAUAAAACUGGAUUUCUGGCUCGGAAAAUCCAUGCGGAUAUGGAUGGAAAGAAAACUCCCCGGGGAAAGCGAGGCUGGAAAACCUUUUAUGCUGUGCUGAAGGGAACGGUCCUGUACUUGCAGAAGGAUGAAUAUAAGCCAGAAAAGGCUUUGUCGGAGGAAGAUCUGAAGAAUGCAGUUAGCGUGCAUCAUGCGCUUGCAUCCAAGGCAACAGACUAUGAGAAGAAACCAAAUGUCCUCAAGCUUAAAACAGCAGAUUGGAGGGUCCUGCUUUUCCAAGCCCAGAGCCAAGAAGAAAUGCUGACCUGGAUCAACAAGAUUAACUGUGUGGCUGCUGUCUUCUCUGCACCUCCAUUUCCAGCGGCAAUUGGCUCUCAGAAGAAGUUCAGCCGCCCGCUCCUGCCAGCCACCACAACGAAGCUAUCUCAGGAUGAACAGCUGAAGUCCCAUGAAGCUAAGCUGAAGCAGAUCUCCACUGAGCUUGCUGAGCAUCGCUCCUAUCCUCCUGACAAGAAGCUCAAAGGCAAGGAAGUAGAUGAUUACAAACUGAAGGACCACUAUCUGGAGUUUGAGAAAAAUCGCUAUGAGAUUUAUGUUGGCCUCCUGAAGGAAGGGGUGAAGGAGCUGCUGAGCGGAGGAGAGAAUGAUGCACCAGGACUGAAGAAAUCACACUCGAGUCCCUCAUUGAAUCAGGAGUCUCCAGUUAGCGCCAAGGUGAAACGUAAUGUCUCUGAGAGGAAGGACUACAGGCCAGAAACACCCAGCAUUAAGCAGAAGGUCACUUAG